AUGUCAACUUUGAAUAUCUCCGAAGGCAUGAUCUCUUCCUUCAUCCUUAUUGGAAUCCCAGGACUAGAGCAUAUUCAUAUCUGGAUAUCCAUCCCCAUAUGCCUCAUGUAUGUCACCGCUGCCUUAGGCAACUGCACCAUCCUGUUCAUCAUCAAGACAGAGCCUUCACUUCAUGAGCCCAUGUACUAUUUCCUAUCAAUGCUGGCCAUCUCUGACAUGGGCCUAUCCUUCUCUUCUUUACCCACCAUGCUAAGGAUCUUUUUAUUCAAUUCCCCUGGAAUCUCCCCCAAUGCCUGCUUUGCCCAAGAGUUCUUCAUCCAUGGCUUCACUGAUAUGGAGUCCUCAGUCCUUCUGAUCAUGUCUUUUGAUCGGUUUUUAGCAAUCCGCAAUCCCCUAAGAUACAGCUCCAUUCUUACUAAUGCUAGAGUCACACAGCUAGGACUGGUGCUUGCCAUUAAGAGCAUCCUUUUAGUACUCCCCCUCCCUUUCAUCCUAAAGAGGUUGAUCUACUGUAAGAAAAGACUCCUCUCUCAUUCCUACUGUCUACACCAGGAUGUCAUGAAGCUGGCAUGCUCUGAUAACCGGGUCAACUUUAUCUAUGGCUUUUUUGUUGCUCUUUGCAUGAUGUCUGAUUUUGUAUUCAUUGUGAUUUCAUACAUGUUGAUCUUAAAAACAGUACUGGGCAUUGCAUCCCAUGGAGAACGUCUCAAGGCUCUGAACACCUGUGUUUCCCACAUAUGUGCUGUACUGAUUUUUUAUGUGCCCAUCAUCACCCUAGCUGCUAUGCAUCGCUUUGCCAAGCAUAAGUCCCCUUUGGCAAUGAUCAUCAUUGCUGAUGUCUUUCUGAUGGUUCCCCCUUUAAUGAAUCCUAUUGUAUACUGUGUGAAGACACGGCAAAUCCGUGAAAAGAUUUUAGGAAGGCUUGGGUUGAAGUGA